AUGACGCAGCACGACCCCCCCGGAGCCUCUGCUGCCCUGCCCGGGGAUCAGCUGCCCCAGUACACGACGGUUGCGGCGCCUCGGCUUGUGCCCGCCGAUGGACAAGGGUUGGACGAGAUGGACAUGACUGCCGCGUUUGCCAACCUUCGGCUCGAUGGACGACCGAAAGACCCGGAUCCGGACAUGUGUCUGGCGCACCUGAAGCUGCUCCACGCCAUCCAGGCGAUGAAGGAGGACGUCGGCUUCACCGACGGCCUGUGGAACAUCUGGGACAGUCGGGCGGACAGCCUCGCCGAGGACCUUUCCCUCGAGUCGGCCCCCUUCCCCAGCCAGACGGCGCCGACGGAUGACAACGAAAGACGGAAGCUCGCCCUCAGCAGGAUCCGCGAGAAGAGAUGGGCGCUGUUUGUCGCCCGUGCCGUCGAUCGAUACGAGGCCUGGUGGCGGACCCUGUACCACGGCGACAUGCUGACUUCGGACCACAUGCAUCUGCUCGGCAGUCCCAAUUAUACCGCCUUCCCUACCAACGGCACGCCCCUCGCGUGGGCGGACCACAUGCUGCCUCCUCUAGACGUCCUGAUGGUCUUUCAUUCCCACAUGCUGAACCCUCGCGCUUUCCUGGAAGACGCCAUGCGCAACGGCAUGGGCUCCAUCUGGACCACCGGCAUGCCGUGGGAGCAUGUCAACAGAGCGAUCCGCCUCAACGACGACUACGCCGUCCCGGACGCAACGAAGCAGCACUGGACACGGCUCACCAACCGUGCGUGGGCGAAUCAGGACGAUUCCAUGACCAAGGCGCUGCGCUGCGCCUUUUGCUCCCAGACGAAUGCCGUACCGUGGACGACCUGCGGCAUGGACGAAGGGAGCAAGGCCGGCUCGCACCCCGGGCUCGUCGGGAACGGCUACGGCGACGGCCAGUUCAGCCAGCUGUGUCGACACUGCGGACGGGAAAACUACAAGGAGCUGCUGUCCGUGUCCAAGUUCGUUCACGACGCCUCCCUUCUGCUCUCCCGCAACGUCGCCAUGCCCGGCACCAUCCUCGACCCCCAUUCGGGCUGCCCGGAACGGCCGCAGGACCAGGUCCGGCACAUGUACCCGCGGACCUUUCCGAAUCGAAUGAUCCAGCUCGACCUGCGCAUCAAGAUCGUGGAGCUGCUGCAGCCCAACGACAAGGGCCAUCCGCGCCCUACGAUGGAAACGAUCCGUGGCAUGGUCGAGGAAGUCGUGUCCAACGACAGUCGAAUGCGCAGGAUCGACUCGGUGCAGAGUCUCCGGGUCCGGUACGCACCACGAGCCAAGGCUCGGGUAUCCGUCCGCAGGAUGAUGAGCCGCUACUGGGAGAACUUUUCGCCCUUUGCCCUCGAUCUCGCCGGUGCCGUUGUCCGUCAGGGCGUCUUCGUCGACAAGAUGGUCAAGCUCGACUGGCUGCACAGCCCGUCGGCGACGAAGACGAUGGAGCGACUGAUUCAAAAAUACCAUCGCUUCAUGGCCAUCAUGAGGCGGUACCCCUCCCAGGUCGCCGUCCCCACCCUCGACGUCGACUUGGCCUGGCACACACACCAGCUGAGCCCCUUUGCCUACUACGCCAGCACCGUGGCCAGGACGGGAAAAUUCAUCGACCACGACGACAAGAUUGACCAGGACAAGCUUAGCGCCGCAUUCGAGUGGACGACCAAGACGUACCAGGACAUGUUCAAGGAGAUUUACAGCGAGUGUACCUGCUGGUACUGCGAAACCAUUCGCUCCGCCCAGGUGCCGGCGGUGGGCAAAAUCUUCAGCGGCUCUCACAAGAUUGCCGAGUCCUUUCACACAUCCGGGGCGGCGAAGCUGUGCCCGCCGGACAACUCGGCCCACAUUUCGGCUCACAACGCGGUCCGUUCCCUUGAGACGGAGGCGCGGGAGCGGGUGACGAAACACAUACGCGCUCGCCACCAGGUCAAGCUCGAUCGGGAUUACGAGAAGGCGAGGAGGCGGGCUCAGAAGAAGGGUCGCCAGCUUCCCGCGCGCGACGAAUACUACGACCACUGGGGAUAUCAGUACUACAUGUACUCGCCCUUCCUCUACCCCAUGUACAUCUAUCCGGGCAUGUAUUAUGGCUGGGAUCCCUGCUACGUCCAUGCCGGGGCCGGUGCUUGGGGCAACUGCGCUGCAGGAACGUGCGGAAGCCUUGCGGGCUGCGGCGGGGCUGGUGCCUGUGGCGGCACGGCGGCCGCAGGCGCGUGUUCGGCCGGCAACUGUGGCGCAGAUGGUGGAGGAGGCUGUGGGGGUGGAGGCGACUCCGGUGGGGGAGCAUGUGGGGGCGGGGGCGAUUCAGGUGGUGGCGGUGGUGGCUGUGGCGGAGGGGGGGGUUGCGGUGGCGGAGGAAGUUGA